AAGUCAAACAGCUGUUUUUAUUAGAGUCUGUAGAAGAAGAUUGAUGAUUCUUCUUCUUCAUAAAAUGAGCAAAGUUUUGUGAAACCCACACAAUUGGAGAAUGGAUCAUCAUCAUCAUCAUAAUCAAUGGCGAAUGAGAUUAUCUUUCAAGAACGCCACAAUUGCUCUCACGCUCGUCAAUCUCUUCAUCUUCCUCUUCCUCCUUCAGGGCUUUUUCUCUUCCUCCUCUCGCCGACCCGUUUCAGCUCAGCUUCGGUAUGUGAAGGAAGCCGAAGAGAUUAGACUCAAGAUGCAACCUUUAGAGCUUAUCAAAAGAGUCCGAGAAAUCGAACAUGAGUCAUCUGCUGGACAAGAAACAGAGCAGGAGAAAGAUGUGAAGCAGAACGCAGCCGUUGAUCUCUCUAAACGCCUCAAAGAUUUCCGCUCGCUUAACGAUGCGUCCAGCUUGAAAGCAUUGGAAGAAUGGCGAAAGCGGAAAAUGGAACGAGCAAGACAACGUGAUCUUGAGAAAACAGGAGGUCUUUCUUCAUCCAAAACAUCAUAAGAUGCUCUCAGAUUAUCAUGGCUGCUGCUACUAUAUAACAUUAUGUAACAUUAUAUCUCAGAAAACACUCGUAUAGUGUAAUUACACAUACAAAGUGCUUUUAAAGAAAGGGUCUAAACAUGUUAUGUUUCCUA